CUGAGUAAUAAUUCCCGGAGUGGAGAGCGCACCAGGCAGCCGAGUCAGUUAACUGCUUCACACAACUACACAGAUCCAGAGAGUGAGCCUCAAAUUGUUGCCAUCGUGCUGUGCGUCUCGAGAUGUGAGUGCGGAAUUAGUAUAGAGUCAUCCGUGAUCGCGUGAGGAGGAAGAGUCAAGUUGGACCACUUCGCAGUGUAAUCUCUUGUCGUUUCUGCACCUCAGUUUUCUUAUAAACCCAUUUGUGAGAAUCGCGGUUGGUUCUAUCAGUUUUUUUGGUUUUUUCGCGAGAGGAAAAGGAAAAAGUAAUCAAAGAGUGAAUUAAAGCGAUAAAAAUUAGAGAUUUACGAGAAAGCAAAAAAGAAUAUAACUGCCACAGGAUUGAGAACGUGAUCUGAGGAUUAAAGCCACACGAAAGGAUUUAGAAGGAGAGUGCAGAGUUGACUUGUUGAGAAGUUUAAUUCACAAGAUAGUCUCUGGCGAUUUUCACGCCUUUUUCAUCCACACACAAUGUCCAAUACAUCGAGCAAUUCACGAUGUAUGGUAUUUAUAAAAAGGAACCUACUUACAAUGUUAACCAUUGUGGGUGUUUUUGGUGGCACAAUUGUGGGCCUCCUGCUCAAAGUUGGUUCCGACACCUGGACAGAGCGUGAAGUGAUGUAUCUUCAGUAUCCAGGAGAUCUCUUUCUAAGAAUGCUCAAGUGUCUCAUAAUACCACUGUUAGUGUCAUCUAUAACUAGCGCUAUUGGUGCCUUAGAUUUAAGUAUGUCCGGAAAAAUUGCCACCAGGGCAAUCGUCUACUAUUUCAUCACAACCAUUUGCGCCGUCAUUCUCGGUAUUAUCCUUGUGUGUUCAAUCCGACCAGGAUCCGGGGGUUUGGCUAAAGAAGUGGAAAAAGGAGCGGUCACAAGGCACGUGCUUACAGCGGAUACCCUUCUGGAUCUCGUGAGGAAUCUAUUUCCACCCAAUUUAGUCCAAGCUACAAUCUUUCAAUAUCGUACAAUUUUGGUGCCACCGUUCAAUGCCACAAAUGUUCCCCUCCAGCAAUAUAAAAUCUCGUCAGAGUACACACAGGGUACCAAUGUUCUCGGACUCGUGAUGUUCAGUGUGAUUUUGGGUGUGACUAUUGGGAAGAUGCGUGAGAGUGGAAAACCUCUUCAAGAAUUCUUUGUAGCUCUAAGUGAAGCAAUGAUGAUCAUCACUUCUUGGGUGAUUUGGAUAUCUCCCAUUGGUGUUUUCUUUCUUGUAAUGUCUAAGAUAUUGGAGAUUGACUCCUUUGCUGAUAUGAUAGGACAACUAGGGUAUUACUUCAUGACCGUCAUGUUGGGUCUAUUCCUCCAUGGAUUUGGAACAAUUGCUGUGCUGUUCUUCCUCGGUACUAAGAGACUUCCAUAUGGGUACGUUGCGAAAAUGGGACAAGUAUUGGCAACGGCUUUCGGCACAGGAUCAAGUUCUGCCACAAUGCCCAUUACCAUUGGAUGUCUCGAUGAAAUGGGAAUUGAUCCUCGAGUGACGAGGUUUGUUAUCCCUGUGGGAGCUACAAUAAAUAUGGAUGGUACUGCUCUCUAUGAGGCUGUUGCUGCUCUUUUCAUUGCUCAACUUCGUGGAAUUUCUCUGACUUUUGGUCAUAUUGUCGCAGUGAGUGUUACAGCAACGGCGGCGUCUAUUGGUGCAGCUGGUAUUCCUCAAGCUGGUCUCGUGACGAUGGUAAUGGUGCUGGACACAGUUGGACUACCUGCUGAAGAUGUUACGAUCAUUAUUGCGGUUGAUUGGCUUUUGGAUCGUUUCAGGACGACAAUAAAUGUGAUGUGUGAUGCUUUGGGAACAAUUUUAGUCAAUCAUCUAUCGCGAAAAGAUCUUGUUACGGAUUUGGAUAGGGUUGAGGCUGAGCCCCAUGAACUACAAGAAUUAGAUGGUGGUGACACGCAAAUAAAGGAAUAAAUGAAAACAAAACAACAUCCCACACGUGUACAAAGAUAAUUAAAAAAUGGACGUUUUAUUUAAGGACUUGUAUAUAUAUACUUAAUAUUUUUUUGGAGAUCACAUCGCGUUUUAAUUUUAAGGAGCAUCAUACAUUUUUUUUCAAAAAAUAACCAUUCGAUUCAAAAGACUACAAGAGAGUGAAUUCAUUAUGACAAAGCCGCGGUCUUUAUUGCAAAAAUGUCCUAAUGAAUAGCGUGGCAAAUAGUUUAAUAAUAUUUGAAAGCUCUUGCUUCUUUGGAUUUCGCUCUACGCGGUUCAGCAAAACUUUUUAAUAAUUUCAAACAUUCGUAAAUUUAUUUUCUUACAUUUCUUAUAAAUGCCGUAUUUUUUUUAAAGUUUCCUUAACUUUCCCCCCUCUUUUUUACACUAACGAUUAAAAGAAACUAACUAGACAGACAAACUUAGCGAUAAGACACGGAGAAGACACAGUGAAUGGAUAAUAAAGAGAUGCAUUUUAGUGAGAAUAUCUAAAUAUGUGUUGAAAUGUUAAAAUGUUAUGUAAUUUGAGACUAUAUGGAAGCAAAAAAAACUUUUCAAUGUGACAUGAGGAAAUAAGUGGAUUUAUUCUGUGACAGAGAAUUUUAGAUGCAAAGUAAUAUUGUAAAAUGGAAUUUACCAAGUUGAUGUUUCAUAUUCCAUUGUCGUUAUUCCGAAUAAAUAUGCCGCCGGGAGUGAGGCAAAAAUAAUGGCUCAAGUCUUCUACCUAUACUAUAAAAAUGAUGAGAAACCUCGCUAGAGAGAGCUUUCUCACAUACAACAAUACUGUGUCUUUUUGCUACUCUAUGUUAAAAGCUCUGUAUUGGCUGAAUUUUUCUUCUCAUUCUUUAACAGAAAAAAAAUCAAUAGAAACUGUACGAAAAAGAAAACUUAGAAAAUUUUAUGUAGGUAGAGAGUAAAUGAAAAUAAAAACGAUUUGUUGAGUAAA